AUGUCGGGAUUGGCUCCUAGCAUUCAGAAGAGUACGGUAUUCUUUUGUAAUGUUCCCAGUCAUGUUAAAAAUGCUAUUCUAAAGUUUAUGUCGUUUGUGGAAGGCUCGUUGCCUAUGAGAUAUUUGGGGGUUCCUCUUAUUUCCUCCAGACUCGUGUAUAAAGACUGUAGUGUUCUAGUGGAAAAAUUGGAGCAUCGUAUUAUGAACUGGAGGAACAAGCUUCUAUCUUUUGCAGGGAGGUUGCAGUUGAUUAUUUUUGCCCUAUCGUCAAUGCUUAUUUAUUGGUCUUCUGUGUUUAUCUUGUUGGCCCGGGUGAUUCAUGAUUUGGAAGCUAGAAUGCGGAAUUUUUUAUGGUCUCAAGAUAGCACGUUUCAUAAAGGAAAGGCUAAGGUUUCUUGGAACUCUAUAUGUAUUCCGAAGUAUGAAGGUGGUUUGGGUAUUAGACGAAUUGGAGAUGUAAAUAAAGCUCUCAUGGCGACCCACAUUUGGAGUAUCAUCACUAAACGUAACUCUCUAUGGGUCGAUUGGGUUCAAGCUUAUAGGUUAAACAGCCAAAGUUUUUCAAUGUGCAAGACCCCUACGAACUGUUGCUGGAGCUGGCAGAAACUUCACCAAUUAUGCCCGUUGAUGAGAAACCAUAUUUGGACUAAACUAGGAGAUGGGAGAACUACUUCAGCCUGGUAUGAUGUCUGGUGUGAUUUCGUGCCGCUGGGUGAUUUUUUGUCUCCCAGAAUUAUCACGAAUGCAGGGUUCAGGUUGGGGGCUUCGGUUGCGGAUAUUCAGCUGAAUGGCGUCUGGAAGUGGCCUACCGCUUGGAGGGAUCUUUUUCCAGUUCUUGUUCAAUUGGAUCAAGUGCAUAUUAAUCCGAACAAGAGGGAUAGUGUUCUAUGGAGGGAUGGAGAUGAUCUUAAUGAGUUAUCGGCGUCGUGUGUUUGGCACUCAGUGCGGUACAGCGAGCCGGAAGUAGAAUGGAGCAAAGUAGUCUGGUUCUCCCAAUGUAUUCCAAGGCAUGUGUUCCUGACGUGGUUGAUUAUGAAAAGAAAAUUGCUAACCCAAGACGUAAUUUUACAGUGGGAUAUCUCACAAAGGAAGAAUAUGAACAUGAUGUGCUGCUUAUUAUGUUACGCAAUUAAUGAUUCUCAUAGACAUUUGUUUUUUGAAUGCAAGUUCUCUUCGCAAAUCUACCAUAUGGUUAGACAAAAGGCGGGAAUGUCUAGUGUUGAUCCAAGAUGGGAGGAUACUGUGGGCUGGUUACUUGUGCAGGCUAGGUCUAAGUCGGCUGCUAACUACGUCAGUAGGAUUCUGGUUGUGGCUAGUGCUUAUAAAUGCUCUUGUUAUGAUAAAAUUGCUGAUGUGAUUGAUUACACUGUUGAAAAUUAG